AUGCUCCCAAAGGACUACCAGAAGAAACUUGAUGAAAGAAUUGCACGUGCUGCGUCACGUGGUUUCACCCACGACUAUCAGAAUGAGCGGGAAUACGAAGACAACUCUAUAUGCCUCAAACAGCUCGCCCCGGCAACUCUAGAGAAAUAUGAGGAUACAGCAACAAACUGGGCAUUAUGGAGGCUUUCCCGUAAAGAAGCGACCAAUGCUAAUUUUUCAAAAAAUGAACCUGAUCCCACCCCACAACUUCUGAAAUCGUUUGCUGAAGACUACAUUGCAACAAGAAAAAAUCUACCCACGCAGAAGUCUGCGUGUCAGAAUUUCAUUAACUUCACUUCGAGAUGGGAGCGAGAGACUUAUCGAUCUCUACCGAAACACGUCAAGGAUGAUGUUCUGAAUGACCUGACAGUCAAAUACCAACUUACCACGAAGCCACGAGAGCGCUUCAUGGUCACAGCAAAGGACAUUGACUACCUUCUUCGUGGCCUUUUCGGCGGUGAUUGGCACGAUUACAAGCACGAGAGAGCACGGCAUCUUACUUUCAAUAUAAAACGCAGCACUAAGAGUCAAUUAAAACGCUGGGUGACGAUUGAUCCUGAGUUUUUGGAAGGAUGGCGCAACCGUGACGAUAAAGACUUGGGGCUCAGUACGGUGACCGACGUGCUCGCCGUGAGACCUCCGAAGGGGAGAGAAUCAUAUACGCUUGAAUGGAACAGCAAUAAAAAGGGUCUUCCUUUCUUUAGGAUGGUAACUCCGGAAGGACCCCAGCAAAAUAAAGCAUUGUCCUUCUCCUCUAUGCGCUACAAUUUUGCGAGUCUGGCUCAGCGCGAAUGCUUCAAGGACCGACUGCACGUACACGGAAUGUGUGCUGGUGUUGCAAACUGCAUUGACCCCAAGGCGUCGGAAGCGACCCGUGGCCAGGCUCUUGACCAUCAAAGCCAUGACACGUAUAUUAAAUACCAAUCUGUGCUCAAGUCUUUAGAUAUUCAGGCCUUAUUCUAUGACUUGGAACCUGAUUAUGAGUGUCGUAACAUGGAGCAGAGCAUGGCUCACCACAGAGAUCCUAAUGCUCCCCAGAGAUUGGACGCGGUUGCUAUUACAGCAUUUGAAGAGAGAUGA